AUGGAGCCGCUGCCCGAGCUCUACGCCAUCUUCCAGGGAGAGGUUGCUACGGUGACGGAGUAUGGGGCAUUUAUAAAGAUUCCAGGCUGCAGGAAGCAAGGCCUUGUUCACAGGACUCAUAUGUCCUCCUGCCGCGUGGAUAAACCCUCAGAGAUAGUAGAUGUUGGAGACAAAGUAUGGGUGAAGCUUAUUGGAAAAGAGAUGAAAGAUGACAAACUGAAACUUUCCCUCUCCAUGAAGGUUGUUAACCAAGGCACGGGGAAAGACCUCGAUCCAAACAACGUUUCCCUUGAUCAGGAUGAGAGGAAAAAACGCAUGUUCAGAGACUAUACUAGUCAGAAGAUCACGCUCGAAGCUGUCUUGAACACUGUGUGCAAGAAAUGCGGUUGCAAAGGUCACUUUGCCAAGGAGUGUUUCGUGCAGCCUGGAGGUACCAAAUACAGCCUCAUUCCAGAAGAGGAGGAAGAGGAGGUGGCAGCAGCAGGAUUUGAAAGAGAGAAAAAGACCACCCUGGCUGACAAUCCUUCAAAAAAGAGGAAAAAG